UCCAGAAGAUAGGAGCCUAGGAGUACAGCAGCUCCCGGAGCGGGCGGCUCGGGGCAGCGGCCUGGGCCGAGAGCUUCUUAAAGCCGCCGCAGGCCGCUGCACCGAAUCCCGGGAGCCCUCCCCAAACGCACUUGGGACUCGGUGGGUGGAGGCGCGUCCUGGCCUGCAGGAGGAACUGGGUACAGGCUGUCCUCCAGCACGUCCCUACCGGCCACCGCCGCCGGGCGUGGCCUCUUGCGCCACGCCCCCUGACACGCCCCCGGGCCCCCUCUCCCGGCGGGGGUCCCCUCCCUCUUCGGCCCUGGACCCAGCGUGGCGCGCUCCCCGCUGGGUGCCAUGGCCUCGCGGCUCCUGCACCGGCUGCGACACGCCCUGGCUAGCGAUGGCCCGGGGGAGGCGGCGGCGGGCCCAGAGGCCGAGCAGUUCCCUGAGAGCUCCGAGCUGGAGGACGACGACGCCGAGGGCCUGUCCUCCCGCCUCAGCGGCACCCUCAGCUUCACUAGUGCAGAGGAUGACCCGGACGACGACGAAGAGGACGACGACGAGGCGGGCCCCGACUCGCUAGCCUCCGGGGACGGGACUUCGGGAGAAGACGCAGAACGAAGUCCUCCACCUGAUGGACAACGGGGCAGUCAACCCCUGGCCCGGCAGCUACAGGAUUUCUGGAAGAAGUCUCGGAACACCCUAGUUCCACAGCGGCUGCUUUUUGAGGUGACCAGCGCCAAUGUUGUCAAGGACCCUCCCUCCAAGUACGUGCUCUACACCCUCGCCGUGAUGGGCCCAGGGCCACCAGAUCGCCAACCAGCCCAGAUUUCUCGCCGCUACUCGGACUUUGAGAGGCUGCACAGAAACCUGCAGCGGCAAUUCCGGGGCCCCAUGGCUGCCAUCUCCUUCCCUCGUAAGCGCCUGCGCCGGAACUUUACUGCAGAAACCAUUGCCCGCCGUAGCAGGGCCUUUGAACAGUUUUUGGGCCACCUGCAGGCAGUGCCUGAGUUACGCCAGGCUCCAGACCUACAGGACUUCUUCCUGCUGCCCGAGUUGCGGCGGGCGCAGAGCCUCACCUGUACGGGCCUUUAUCGCGAGGCUCUGGCCCUGUGGGCCAACGCUUGGCAGCUGCAGACCCAGUUGGGCACCCCUUCUGGCCUAGACCGCCCCCUGCUGACUCUGGCUGGGUUGGCUGUGUGCCACCAGGAACUGGAGGAUCCUGGGGAGGCGAGAGCUUGUAGUGAGAAGGCUCUGCAGCUGCUGGGGGACAAGAGACCCCAUCCUUUCCUGGCACCCUUUCUCGAGGCGCAUGUCCGGCUCUCCUGGCGCCUGGGUCUGGACAAGCGGCAGUCCGAGGCUCAGCUUCAGGCGCUCCAGGAGGCAGGCCUCACCCCUACCCCACCCCCCAGCCUCAAGGAGCUGCUCAUUAAAGAGGUGCUGGACUGAUGAGUACCCAGCUGCCCCAGGCUAGGGGGCGAGGACUGAAAGGGGUUCUGGGAGCCCUUAAAGUAGCUCCCGAAGGAGUCUGCAGCAGCCCGAGAGGAACUUGGUUUUGCCGGGCUGGACUGCGAACAGGCUUUGGCUGGGAUUAUCCCAGGAUGACACCAGGAGGAAGUCUCUUUAGUCUACCACAACCGGAGCCUGUGGCCAAGGUCAGAAAUCAAUG